GACAGUGAGCACGGCCAGAGGCUCGCAGACAUGGAUGCAGCGCAGCAGCUCAAGUUCAGGGACAGACAGCGCUUCUUUGAAGAGGUUUUCCAGCACGACGUGGAUGUCUACCUGUCUUCUGCACACCUUUGUAUCAGGGACUACAAAAGACCUCCUAUUGGUAGUAUCUCCUCUAUGGAGGUAAAUGUGGACCUGCUGGACCAGAUGGAGCUGAUUGACAUCUCAGACCCAGAAGGACUGGAUGUCUUCUUCAGCUCGGUGGGAGAAGAGUGUGCGCUUAACUCCCCAUUGCCAGGGAACAACAACAAUGAAGAGUCCAUCAGUAAUGGACUCUUCCGGCACGUCCUGGAGAAUCUUGAGAGCAAGACCCGCAUGUCCUCCACAUCUUCAGUGUCUUCAUCCAACAGCCAAUCUUCCAGUAUCAACGGGAGGGAUACGCCUUUGGCUGGAUCAGAUGACGAGGAGACCCAAAACGGCACAAUUAAGCAGAAGGCCACAUUACAGGAGACAGAGGCGCUGAAAAGUCAGAAUCUGACAUCAGAAAGAGGAGAGCAGAAAAGCCAGAAUCAGUCACAGGAUAAACAACCCUCACAGUAG